GACACCUGAGCUACACACACUUGAUCCCCGAACAUGAAAUCUAAGAGGUUGAACGAUCACAGUUUCAGUCCUAUAUAAGGUGGUGAAAGCCCAUCUGCAUUGUUUUUCUGUUUGUUCCUACAACUCCUUGCCUCCGCUUGAUUUUAAAUCUAAAUUGGUGGAAAAAUGAGUAUCACGGACAUUCUGAGUGCUGAUGACAUUGCGGCAGCUCUGCAGGAAUGCCAAGACCCAGACACCUUUGAACCACAAAAGUUCUUCCAGACAUCCGGCCUCUCCAAGAUGUCCGCCAGCCAAGUGAGGGAUAUCUUCCGGUACAUAGACAAUGACCAGAGUGGAUACCUGGAUGGAGAUGAACUCAAGUAUUUCCUCCAGAAGUUCCAGAGUGAUGCUAGAGAACUGACUGAGUCAGAGACCAAGACCUUGAUGGAUGCAGCGGACAAUGACGGAGAUGGGAAGAUCGGGGCCGACGAAUUCCAGGAAAUGGUGCAUUCUUAAGAAAGAGAGGAAGGGGCAUUCUACCAGAAGGUUUCAAAAGCCCUGGGACUGGGAAGCUCCCCAUCCUAUCCCGAACUAAUUUACCGAGUCCUCCUGAAGCCCUUCUGCAACGUGCUCUGUGCUUGAGGGAAUGCAACGGCGCGUGGCUCUUCUAUCUUUGAUGGUGGUGGGUAGAUCCUGAUGACUUCUGUAAGCUCUCUUCUGGCAGACCAUGCCUUUAAAAUCACCCAAUAAAAUCAUUUCUCAUCA